AUGAGUAUUUCUGAUUCGACCAAACCCAUAUACCAUGCCCGUGACGAUGAGGACGUUGAAGAAUUCCUGGAGGACUACGAAGCAUAUAGUGCAUCAAAGGAUUGGGAUGAAGAUAAAAUGCGGCAGGUAAUGAGACUUCAUGUCUCUGACGACCUAAAGCCCUGGAUCCGUAAGCAAAUAAAGGCCAAUAGUACUUGGGCCGACCUGAAAGCCGCUGUCAUUUCUGGUGCUCAAGCCUCUUGCGACGUUGAAGAGAA